AUGGCGGUGAUGGACCACCGUGUUUCCAUUUCAGAGCGAUGCUGUGAAAUUCAGAUGUGGUUUUCAGUGGCCCUGCAGAUGCCGGAAGGGCUCCUCAUGUUUGCCUGCACCAUCGUGGACAUCAUUGAGCGGCUUCCUGUCACCAGCCCUGCCACCAUCUGUGGCCACAUGGUCCCUGCCUGCACCGGGAUGGUUCCCAUCGAUGCCACGCAGGGACUGAAGAUGCUUUACGUGUUUGUGGAUAUAAAGAUUGACACAUCCCAUUUCCUCGAGACCAUUCGCUUCAACUUCGCAGCGGGCACCUCCCUGGCCCUCGUCAGCACCAUCCAGUUCGUCUCCACGGUGCAGGCAGCGGCAGAGGAGCUGCGCUCCCAGUACAAGGUGUGUGUCCCCCAGUGCAAGCUGCAGUCCCCAGGGGAGAUCCUGGGCUGCACGUCGCCCCGGCUCGCCCAGGACACGGACGCCAUCGUGUAAGUACCUGGGGUCUCCAGGACCCUUCUGCCUGGCCCAGGCUGCCUGUCCUGCCUGUAUGAUCCCUACAGCAAGGUCUUCUCCCAGGAGCACUAUGGCCACGAACGCAUGCACCAUGCUCGGCAGGACGCCAUCCGCACCGCCGCCAGCGCCCGCUGCUGGGGUCUCAUCUUGGGCACGUUGGGGCGGCAGGGCUCCCCCGGCAUCCUGCAGGUACCAGCCCCCUCCCCGCAACCCCUGCCUGGGCACUGGCCGCUGCUCCUGGGUGGGGGGAAGGACCGGUGGGUGCAGGUAGCCUGUCCCCGGCUCUCCAUCGACUGGGGAGAAGCUUUCAGCAAGCCGCUGCUGACGCCCUACGAGGCAGCGGUGGCUCUCCGGGACCCCAUCGCCCUGCCCACGCUGCACGUCAUGGGCGACGCCGACGCUGUCAUCCCCACCCCGCUCAGCAGGGAGCUGGCCCGGCACUUCGUGGAGCCUGUUGUCCUCGCCCACCCCGGCGGGCACUUCGUCCCUGCGGCUGCGCCCCAGAAGAAGGCCUACCUGGACUUCUUGGACCGCUUUCGCCCCGGACAGGGCCGGGCUGAGCCCCUGGGGGCUGGGGCUCCGGAGAGCCUGGGCGACAACCUGUACGUCUGCAUCCCCUGCGGCAAGGGCUUCCCCAGCUCGGAGCAGCUCAACGCCCACGUGGAGGCCCACAACGAAGAGGAGCUCUAUCACAAGGCGGCGGCCGAGCAGGCCGUGCCAUUCCUGGACAAGGGCGGCCCGGGGCUGGGUGACAUCCUGCGGCCGUACCGCUGUUCCUCCUGUGACAAGUCCUACAAGGACCCGGCCACGCUGCGGCAGCACGAGAAGACGCACUGGCUGACGCGGCCCUCCCCCUUUAAUAGGAAACACAGUGCCUCCGAGCCAGGACGGGAAUGGAAAAAACAGAGUUUAUGGGAGCCCAACAUGGGCCCAGAUUGGCUGCGCGGGGAGCGGCAGGACGAGGGGAAGGGGAGCCUGGCCAGGAACGCGGGCUACGGUCACGGUGUCGGGGCUGAGGAUGGCGGAGCGAGCCCGGUUCUGGCCCGCGCCAGGAGGACGGGGAUCGGGGACUCGGCGGGAUGGCAGGCCCGGGGCUGA